AUCAACAAACACAUUUUAGAAUUAAACUUUUUGGGUUCAAAAUAAUUUUUGACUUACUUUAUCAAUAAUUUUCGACUUUUUCCAAGUGAUAUUUGGGAUCGCAAUUCAUGUCCCAAUCCCAAUCAUGUGAAUGUUGCAUCCAUGGCGUUGCAUCUUUCAUCUUUGUGUUUGCUUUUUGCUUGCUGAUUAUGCGAUGCCAUAUACUUGUUCACAAAUAAUUUAUGUAUUUUGUUCAUUUAAAUCAAUUAAUAUAAUUUUUAUUCAACUUCCAGUGAUGAUCCAUCAUUAUUGAUCAUACUCUUAUCCAUUCUAAAAACAUCAAGCUAUGUAUUCUUUGGCUUAUCGUCGACAAAAUGCCCAUGAGGACAGCAUCUGGAGUUGUGCCUGGGGACAUUUGGAUCCGAAGAAGAAAGAUGAUCUCAAUGGCGAUGGAGAUGAUGACUCAAGAGAUUCGAUGCAAGACUCCGACCCAAUGGACUUUAUCGUGACAGGAUCGGUAGAUGACGCGGUCAAAGUAUGGGAAUACAAAGAUGGCGGUCUAGAACUAAAACAUAAACUGGAUGGACACUCGUUGGGUGUUGUUUCUGUGGCCAUAAAUUCGGAUUCUACAAUGAUUGCCAGUAGUUCAUUGGACGCUAGUCUGCGGUUAUGGAGCACAGAAACUGGUGAAAAAGUCGGAAUGAUGGAGACAGGUCCCACCGAUAUUUGGACAGUGGCAUUCUCGCCUGACAACAAAUAUGUGAUAUCCGGCAACCAUGCUGGCAAAAUCAACUUAUACAACGUUGAAACCAGGAAACAGGAGAGAACACUAGAUACCAGAGGGCAGUAUACUCUCAGCAUAGCUUAUAGUCCUGAUGGAAAAUACGUGGCAUCAGGGGCCAUCGACGGUAUAAUCAACAUUUUCGACGUAGUGCCUGGUAAACUAGUCCACAAGCUGGAGGGUCACGCUAUGCCUAUCAGAUCCUUAUGCUUCUCGCCCGACUCUCAGCUCCUACUGACCGCAUCAGAUGACGGCUUCAUGAAGAUUUAUGAUGUCCAGCACGGCAGCUUGACAGCGACAUUGUCAGGCCACCGGUCGUGGGUUUUGAGUGUGGCGUUCGCGCCGGACAACAAGCACUUUGUAUCAAGCAGCUCUGACAACUCGGUCAAAGUGUGGGAACUGAAAACACCAAAGGCAGCCGUGCAUACCUUCAAUGAACAUAUUGAUCAGGUUUGGGGAGUGCAAUGGAACUCAGAAUCGAACAAAAUAGUGUCGGUCUCCGACGACCGAUCCAUCAACGUUUACCAGUGUCCGUACUAAAAAUAUGAACUGAACUUUUUAUGUUUUAUUGGAUAAGCUCAUUGUCUUCUUUAUUGGUAAGGGAGGAAACUAUUCUAUAUUAUUAAAUUUAAUUAUUCAUUAUCAUGUCUAACAUUAUCAUUCUCCUCCAAUCAAUGCCCAAUGUUAUCCCUAGUGAUUUUAUGAGUGAUCGAUUUUGAUAUUUUUCAAUCCGGAUGAAAUAUAAUUUCAUAUUUAUCAGUA